AUGCCGCUCGCUCCCGAGCUCACACCCACCGAGCAAUUGAACAAGACUGCAGAAAAGCACGAGGCUACUACUGGCGGAAUUACCCGUGAACUCGCAAAUCAUACCAUCUCCUCCAUCGCGGCCCUAAAACCGCUGACAUCUGACUCCAAGAUCCUCGACAACGCUUGCGGCACCGGCAUCGUCACUGCCAUCAUCCUUAAAUCCGGGAUCAAUCCUGAGAUCCACACCGUCGACGUCGCCGAGAACAUGGUCAGCAUCGCUAGGGAGUGGUUCUCCGCCCACCCAACGUCCAAACGGCCGUCAUGA